AUGGCGGCCGGGAGGCUGCUGCUGUACGCGGGGCUCUGUCUGUCUCUGAGCGCCCUGGCCAUGCUGGCUGUGGCGAUGUGCUCCGACCACUGGUACGAGACCGACGCCAGGAGGUACCGGGAGCGCUGCCGGAGCUUCUCCAGCCGCCGGAAGGACCCCGGAUUCAUCUACAUCCCCAACAACAGCCUGCCGCUGCGGGCCGGGCCGCGCUCCGAGGACAAGAUGCUGCUGGUCCGAAACCGACGGCAGCUGUUCGCCAUGAGCGCCGCGGACGAGUGCAGCCGCCAGUACAACUCCACCAACAUGGGCCUGUGGAGGAGGUGCCACCGGCUGGGCUUCGACCAGGACGUCGAGGACCUCGUCCGGAAAGGUUCCAUUACCAGGUGCUCCUACAUCAAGUAUCACUACUCUUCGGCGACAAUACCCAAGAACCUGUCCUACAACAUCACCAAAACCAUCAGGCAGGACGAGUGGCACGCCCUCCACCUGCGGCGGAUGACGGCGGGUUUUAUGGGCAUGGCGGUGGCCAUCAUCCUGUUUGGAUGGAUCAUCGGUGUGCUUGGAUGCUGCUGGGACCGAGGCCUCAUGCAGUAUGUGGCUGGACUCCUCUUCCUCAUGGGAGGAACCUUCUGCAUCAUCUCCCUCUGCACCUGUGUUGCUGGUAUAAACUUUGAGCUUUCUCGUUACCCGCGGCACCUGUAUGGCCUGCCAGAUGACAUCGGCCAUGGCUAUGGCUGGUCCAUGUUCUGUGCUUGGGGAGGACUCGGCCUCACCCUCAUCGCUGGCUUCUUCUGCACCCUGGCGCCCUCUGUCCAGCCAGUUCCCCGAUCCACCUGCCCUAAGUCCCGACAGGAGAACGGCACAGUCUGCUAAAGCUGGUGGUCAAGAGAAGACCAGCUGGAAGCAGAAAACCACAAGAGAGCAAAGUGCUUGGUGUGUUCAUCUGUCCACGCAUCAACUGUUCCUCCUGGUUCCUCUUUUUAUGUGUUUAAAAUGAGUGCGUUGACGAUCUGCUUAUGUUGGAAAUCACUGAAAAAACUGAGACGUAUUUUCAGAAUAUUUGAAGUUGUGCUUGUUUUGUUGUCAUGAGCAGAUGCUGAAAUGGACCACGACCAUGUGAGAUGUUCCACCAGGGGAUUGGUUCUUUACCAGACUGUGGCUGUUAGUGUGGGAACUGCUUCUAGUUUCAAGUAGUCUACUUUGAUUUGACAAAUUGAUCAGUAAUCCGUAUUGAUCAGGCUUGAGUGAUAAGAUCAUGAGACCUCCUGUGAGAUGAUUCCACUGGUGGAACCGCUGACCAGUCCAAAUGUGACUCUCUGGGCCUGGAUCCUGUUUGCUGGUCUCCAACGUCUGGCUUUUUGAGUUGACUUGGCACUGUUGUACAUUACUGUACAGAAUAUUCCAGAGAAGCAGGACCUGUGGGACUGUUUCUUCCUUGCCCCACGUGACGACCCCCUGCCAUUGAACAUUUUCUAUAUGCAUCCAUCUCCAACUAAAAGUGUAU